UCUCCUCUUCACUUCCCCCAUUUGGUACCCUAGAAACCGUACACGCGCUUUCUCUAAAUGGAGAUCUCUUGCCCGGAAAACACACCGGCCGGUCAGAGAAAAGCGAUCGAGGAGCUCCGACGAGGUUUUGAGCUCGCAAAAGAGCUUCAGAUUCUCAUUAGUAAAUCUUCAUCGGGAGACAACGAGACGUCUAUGUGCGCAUCGUCUGGUGAUCUGCUUGAGAGGAUUUCAAAUUCAUUCAGUUGUGCUAUUUCGGUUUUGAAUAAUGUUGAGUUCAGUGAAGUUAAUCAGUCUCCGGCGAGUAUGCCUGGCCCGAAGUCGGAGGAUUCCGAGGGGAGUAGCAAGACUACGGCCGCAGUAAAAAAUCGAAGAGGAUGCUACAAGAGAAGAAAGACAGAAGAAGACACAUGGUCGACAGAGACCGUAAAUUGGGAGGAUGGACAUGCAUGGAGAAAGUACGGACAAAAAGUGAUCCUCAAUCACAAAUAUCCAAGGAACUACUACAGGUGCACACACAAGUCAGAUGGUUGUCCAGCUACAAAACAAGUGCAGCAAAUCAGAGAUGAUCCUCCGAUGCACCGUACAACAUACCAUGGCAACCAUACAUGCCAAGAUUUCCUAAAAAAAUCUCAAACUACUCUCUUUGAAGAUCAUGAUUCUUCUGCUGCUGUAGAUUCUUCUGUAUUAUUUCUCAGCUUUGAUGGCGGCAGCAAUCUCACAAACAAACAACCAGAUUAUAACAAGAAGCUGCAGGAUAACCCCCUUUUCUCCUCCUCCUCCUCAUCCCUUUCAAUAAAGCAGGAGCACAAUAUUGAUAAUUAUCAUCAUCAUGUAGUACAAUGUGGUUUGACCCCCAACCAAUCCUCAUCGUCCGAUUAUCUCUUCCCUCCCGAUGAAUUGACUGCCUUUGGAUCAUCUUUGUCGUGCGAUCAUGCUGAUGUCAUUUCUUGGACGGCUAGUAAUCAUCACAACUUUAAUGACAUGGGGUCCAUUGAUCACUUUGAGGACGUGCUUAAACAUUAUGGGUUUGAAUCAUUGUAAUGUAGAUUUAAUCAGGAGAUCAGCUGGCUUGUAGGUUGGUUUUUUUUUUGUUUCUAAUGUUCUUGUCUUCUCAUAUUGCAUGCAUGUGUGUUUUUCAAAUAUUCAGCACGUUUAAGAAAUCAUGACAACAUUGUGAAAAAAAAAUAUAUAGUCAUUUUCAUGUUAAGCCAUAUACCCAUCUCGUGGCAUUAAUGUUUGCUGUAAUAUAUAUAUUCUGUAAUGAGAGGGAUGUCAAUUGUUGGUAUUUCA